ACACACGAGAUACAGAACAAUAAAGCCCCAAGCUUCUCCCCCAAAAUUUGCUUUCGCAAAUCCAAAUCCCCACACUGAGUAACUGGAGCUAGGGUUUUCUUCCUUAAGAGAGAAGAAAGAAUGGGGGAUGCUUAUUGGAAUCGUCAACCGCAGUUUCCACAAUCUGCUGGAUUGCUCAAACGACCUCGCACUGAAUAUGGGUUCCUGGCUCCGGCACGGUUGGAGAUAGACUGGUUGAAAACAUUGAAGAGUCUAGUGGUGAUGUCUUCUGAUAUUCCACAAUCUGGCAUGCCAUCAGCUCAUGAAGUGCAUCAUUACUUAGGAAGGAAUGAUGAUCGUGAAGGACCUCGAGUGCUGGACACACAAUCAAUUGGAUCAGCAUAUGAUCGUGGUGUACCUCGAGUAGUGGACACACAGUCAAUCGGAUCAGCAUAUGAUCGUUAUCUACAGAGUUCGCAACUUUCUUCUCUUCCAGUCGGAGAAGCUAAUAACAAGGGAGUUGGAUUAGCUAGAGCAGGUGGUGGUGGUAUACCUGCCCUUCCUGUUCGUGAUCCGCUUCCAUCAGCUCGUGGGCCAGAGCUAGCACCAAAUGGAAGAGCUAUGGUAUUCAGUGGCCAACUGCCAGUCGAAUCUAUGCCGAGGCCUCGUGAAACAAUACCUCUCCCUCCUGAUGCUUCUAACACCCUCUAUAUAGAGGGACUUCCUUCAGACAGCUCCAGGAGAGAAGUAGCCCAUAUUUUUCGUCCUUUUGUGGGCUACAAAGAAGUCAGGCUUGUUAGAAAGGAAUCAAAACAUCGUGGUGGAGAUCCUCUUAUCCUUUGCUUUGUGGAUUUCAUAGAUCCAGCGUGUGCAGCUACUGCUUUGAGUGCAUUGCAAGGUUACAAAAUGGACGAACAUGACCAUGAUUCAGCCUACUUGAGGUUGCAGUUCUCAAAGUUUCCAGGUCCGAGGUCUGGUGGCUCGGGAAGUCGUGGGAAGCGAUGAAUAACAUCCACCAGCUUCUUAUUUACAUAUUGCUGUCUGAAUUUACUUAUGUAUUAUGUACUGUUACUGGAAUAUGCAAUUCACAAUUGGUUCAACAGUAGGCGCUAGCCAUGGUUACAGUAAUAUGCACGCUAUUGGUUUUUGAAGUGGGCGUUUUCCACUUCAACAGGCCUUUAAAGCCAAUGAGACUUUGUUUCUGAGACUGUACAACUUGAUAGGUAGACGCAGGUUAUAGUAAGACUUCCAGUAGUUUGAAGAAAAAUGCUUCUAAUUUUAUUCCAGUCAGUGGAUUUUUAAGAGUUAGUGAUAAAUUCUGUGCAA